AUGCAGAGCAGUCAACAGGACAAUGCAUUGGGACAUCAACACGGCUGUGAGCUUCCUCCAGAGCUGACGAAGAAAUGGCCCCUGGGCCUCGAUCGGAUCAAGGAACUGUGGACGUCAAAUGCAGAGGGUCAUCUCCUCGCGUUCUUGUGCUCUGUAGCAGAGAAGUAUGAGCCCGGCAACAGCAUCACUCAAUACUUUUUAUUCGGACCGAGAGCCUUUCACAUUUUGCAGCCAGAGAAUGUGGAGGCGAUUCUUUCUACCAAUUUCAAAGACUAUGGCUUUGGUGCAAGAGCAGCUAUAUUUGCUCCACUUCUGGGCAACGGCAUUUUCACUCAAGAAGGUCCUGCCUGGAGACAUUCUCGAGAUCUUUUACGCAAACAGUUUUCUCGAGUCCAGAAUCGCAAUCUCGAACAUUUCCACGAGCAUGUUGACAAUAUGGUAGCUCGCCUACCAUUGGAUGGAGUCGUCGAUCUUCAACCACUAUUCUUUAACCUGACCCUUGACAUAGCUACAGCGCUUCUAUUCGGAAGAUCAGUGUACAGCUUAAAGGCCGGUAUUGAUCAAGACGCCGACAAUAGGCUCUUUGCCGAGAGCUUUAAUAUCGCCCAGGAAGGCCUAGCAAAGCGAUUCCGCAUCGCACCCUGGCACUUCCUCUACAACCCUCCAGGAUUUCGAAAAGCUUGUGGCGAUGUUCACCGAUUUGUCGAACAGUACAUCGAUCAGUUGGACUUGGAAAAUAGCGAGGACCUGGAUGAUAAAACAUAUGGCUUUAUCAAGCGGGUAGCACAGGAGUCUGCCAGCCAACAGCAUCUUCGCGAUCAACUACUCAAUGUGCUUCUGGCAGGAAGGGAUACCACAGCCUGUUGCCUUUCGUGGACAUUUCGGUUACUUGUUCGCCAUGAGCAAGUAAUGAUUCGCCUGCGAGAGGAGAUAGCCUCGGUGAUGGGGGACUCUGCGCAUCCAACGAAGGAGCAAAUCAGAAAGAUGCCAUAUCUCUCCUGCGUCAUCAAAGAAAGUCUUCGUCUUUACCCCCCCGUUCCACUGAAUAACCGUGAAGCCAUUCGGACAACGAUCCUACCUACUGGCGGUGGCCCUGAUGCAGAUCGUCCCAUACUAGUUAGGAAAGGGGAGCUUGUUGUCUUUUCUCAAUAUGUGAAUUCACGCAAAAAGAAUAUCUAUGGUCCUGACGCAGACUGCUUCCGUCCGGAGAGAUGGGAAACUGGCGAGUUGGAUCAUAUUGGGUGGGCAUAUUUUCCCUUCAACGGAGGCCCGCGGCAGUGCCUUGGGGAGGAUUUCGCCCUGAUGGAAGUUUCAUACACGGUUGUGAGGCUAUUGCAGACCUUUUCAUCCAUCAUCCUGCCAAAGGGGGAGCCGAUCGAGCCUGUUGGGAGCGAAAGACAGCGCCUCACUCUCGUCCUUUCAAGUGCCGAUGGUUGUAGGGUGCAAAUCCAUUCCUACUAA